AUGGAAAAAACCAUAACUUAUGGAAAUUAUAUUUUAUUAUGGAAAACAGUUUUAAAUGUAACUUCAUUAAAAGAAUUUGAUACAAGUACAUAUCCAAUAUUGGAUCGACAAAAUAUGCUUGUUUCAGUAUAUGAUGAAAUGAUUGAUUCGAUUUUAUAUAUUGUUGAUCGACUUGAUUUAAGUGUUGAUAAAGAAAAAACUGAAGUAAAUUAA